GUCCACAUGAGCUUCGCGUCUAAAUAAAGUAUACUAUGCGGAAUAGUCAUGUCUGGUCUGAUUUGCGCUCCCGAUGCUGCUUCGGCGUAUACUGAAGAUUAGUGAUCGGGAAGCUAACCUCGGAUGCUCUCCGCAUUCAAGCGUCUAUCAAGAUGAACAACACCAUGAGUAUAUCCAGGCGAGUAAAGUAGAUAUUUGCAUAUAUCAAUUCUAGAUGUUUUCCAGAUUUCAGUUCCCUCUUCAUCACCAUCAAUCCUCUACACACUGCCCAUAGCCCCCCCAAAACAGCAAAAGACAAAAUGCCCACCCUCCGCACAGCAGUACACAUCGCCCCACCAACCCCCUUCAAGAAUCCAGGCAAAGGCAGCGGAGGAGGUCUCUGGUCCCCAAUCUCGUGUACCCUAAUCUACUCAGCCACCGAGGCAGUGCUGGUAGACACACCCAUCACCAUUAAACAAACCCAGGACCUAAUCGCCUGGAUCGACCGACUCGCGCCCAAGCGCAAGCUCUCAUACAUCUACAUCACGCACGGCCACGGAGACCACUUCUUCGGUCUCCCCCUGCUCGUCCAGCGCUUCCCAGAAGCCAAACCAGUAGCCACCGCGGCAACAGUACAGCACAUGAAACAACAACUUGACGAGAAGACAUACCAAGUCCAAUGGGAAUCUCGAUUCCCGGGAGAAAUCGCCCAACCGUUCGUCCUCGCGCAACCCCUGCCAACCAGUAACGAGUUCAAGCUACAGGAUCGAUGGACCUUCCGGGCCAUCGAGGUCGGACAUACGGACACCUACGAUUCCACGGCGCUGUGGGUCCCUGAUUUGCGAUUGGCUGUUUGUGGGGAUGUGGUGUAUGGACAGGUGCACCAGAUGCUCUUUGAGGCUAAUACCGCCGCCAAGCGGGACGAGUGGAUCAGGGCUGUGGAGAUUAUCGAAGCUCUCGAUCCGUUGUAUGUGGUCCCAGGUCAUUGUCAGGAGGGGGAGGUUCCGGGGCGUUGGCAUUUGGACAAUACCAAGCAGUACAUUAGGGAUUUUGCAAGGGUGCUGGAGGGCAAGCCCAAGACUCCAAGGGAUAUUGUAGCUGCUAUGUCUGCGCUGUAUCCGGAUCGGUACAAUACCGGGGCGCUUAUUAUGGGGGCCAUGGGGUAUUUUCAGGCUUUGAAGGAAUCUCGGAUUUGACGUGAUUGUUAGUAUUCGUAUGCUUUGGAAUCAAUCUUAGUCGUUUUAGGUUAUAUUUCCCAUAUUGAAAGACGACAAUCACGUAGAACUAUCUUAUUGCAGAGACAGCGACAUGUUCUUGAAUUCGAUACCGACCCCCACUUGAACUGAUCAUUGAUUCUAGCCAGAUAA